GGCAAACACUGCAGUAUAGACUCAAUGUUUAUAAGCUUAGUUUGGAAUUGGUGCUGAAAGUUCUCUGCUGCUUCGCCUUCCGCUCACUUGUCUUAUCCUCUUGCUGCCUCCUCACUGCAAUCUUCCGAUUGGCAUCUUUAGUAGUGAGUACACCACAUUUACCUAUUUGCUUCUUCGAUUUGCGAGCAGUUUGAAUCAAUCGCAGGUAUGGGUUCAACUACACUCAUCGAGAACAAAGUUGCCUGUGCUCCGUUUGAUAUUGUCCACCAGCAGCCCGGUGCAGAAUACUUCAAGAUCCUGGUACAGGCAGCAUGGGCUGUGCUGGUUGGAAGUCACACAGGCUGUACAGCAAUUCGGUACUCGAUCCGUGAAUACCGGGAAGAGACCGCAGCAAAAUUCCAGUUGCAAUUGCUGGAAGACCAGGCCCCUAAUAUGGAGGUGGAAGUGGACUUUGACGGUAAAGCGCAGAACCUAUUCAACAAUUUACGUUGCCAAAAUGCCCUGGCAAGUGAUGAGACGGGCCAUAAGGCAGAGUCCCCUGAUAACCCGCUAGAGGUCCCUGGGAUCGCGGGAAAGAAGCCCUCAAUACUCAUAUUACAACCGGAAGGGGAUGGUUCGGCCUUUGGAAAUGACCAGACUUGGGAAAGUCAAUCAAUCAUAACAGACUUACGAGCAAUUGCAUUUGCUUCUUCGUGCAACCAGCAUGGUCACCAGAUUCAACUCCUCUACAACUCCAGCAAGAAUAGGGACCAAGAGACUCGGACAGUUGCACGGCAAAUGGGGCAGCUAGUGAAUCUGUUUCUCGAGGAACAGGCGGGCUCAAAAUCACUUGGCCAGUUUCUCAGGGCACCCGAAGACGAGGUCGUUGAAGCUUGGUGGAAGAACCGCGACCUCCCUGAAAGUCACGAGCGUUGUGUUCACGACAUUUGGGAUAUCGCCCAAUACGAAAUGGGGGCCCCAGCCAUUCACGCUUGGGAUGGCCGACUCAGCUAUGGUAAUCUCAUUGAGAUGUCUACAGCUUUGGCUGAGUGGCUUGUCGCAUUCGGCCUCCAGAAAGGUGCCAUCGUACCCUUGUGCAUUCAAAAAAGCAGAUGGAUGCCUGUAGCAGUGCUUGCGGUGGCGAAAGCCGGAGGUGUAUGUAUUGCCAUUGACGUCAACCAUCCCGAACAGUGGCUUCAACUUAUACUGCAACAAGUCAAUCCAUCAUUGAUGUUAUGCACUGAGGCCACUCGAAAGUUCACCUCCCAAUUGGCAGGGGAUAUUCCCUUUCAUGUGGUUGACAAUGUUUUGAAUGACCUGGGUCAGCCGGCAGAAAAGCAUACCUCUUCCACUCUGCUUCCUCCUGUGGACCCCCAUGAGCCGGUCUACAUAUCCUAUACCUCUGGCAGUACCGGAAUGCCCAAGGGCGCUGUGAUAAGCCACAGUAAUGUCUGUUCCGCGGUCACCCAUCUAGGACCCCGACUCGGCUUCUCAAAUCAGUCUCGCGUGUUUGAUCUUGCCCCGUAUUGUUUUGAUGUCGCCUGGACAAACUUGUUUCACGCUCUGUGUUCUGGUGGAUGUCUUUGCGUGCCUGCCCCUCAGGAUAUCAAGAAUGACCUGACGUCCGCAAUCGAACGAUUCAACGCAAAUAUAAUCAAUAUCACACCCUCUGCUCUGCAGUUUAUCAGCCCCAAAAUUCGAGGGCUAGAAGCCGUACUCCUGAGUGGGGAACCGGCAAAUGCAGCUCUUAUCGAGCUGUGGGCACCGCGUGUCAAUCUAUUCAAUACGUACGGUGCGGCCGAAUGUCCAUCGAAAACAGCCGUAACGCACAUUUCAAAAGAAUUCCGCGGAAAGCUAGCACUGGGAGACGGUAUUGCCAACAACCUAUGGGUUGUGAACCCCCACACAGGGCAGCAUCUUGCUCCCACAGGCACAAUCGGAGAGCUUUGGAUCGAGGGUCCAACGGUGGGUCAGGGGUACCUGAGAGACAUCAAGAGCUCCACUACUGCUUAUGUUAAAAAUCCUCCAUGGCUUCUGAGCGGCAGUGGGCAACAUGAUGGACGCCCGGGUCAACUAUAUCGCACCGGGGACCUCGUGCGAUACGACCUCGAGGGACGGCUCAUAUACAUGGGCCGCAAGGGCCAAAUGGCUAAAAUCCGUGGGCAGCGUGUGGAGUUUGGAACCAUCGAGCACCACAUUCUGAAGCAUCUGGGCGCGGAGACAAUCGCGGCAGUCGAGAUCAUUCACCCACAUGGUGACGAGCUCCAGUCUGUACUGACCGCAUUCUUGGUUGUGGGGAAUGGAGCCGUUCUAGGAGACAUUGCUAUCCAUGACCUGGACCAGCACAUGGACCGUUCACUCCCAACAUACAUGAAACCGUCUGUAUGGGUUGUCAAGUCCGAGCUCCCCCGGACACCCACGGGCAAGAUUGACCGUCGACGACUCCAGAAAGAAGGAAACGAAAUGUCAUUGGAGCAGUUGAUCAUGCUCGACCCCCGGUUCUCACAGGAUGGAGAGGUACCGAAUACCGCGGCUGAGGGACAACUCCAGUCACUAUGGGCGUCGGUCCUCGGGGUAAAGUCGAAACACAUCGGGCGGCAUGCCGAUUUUUUCAGGCUCGGGGGGGAUUCUAUCUCGGCAAUCAAACUGGUGGCCGCUGCCCGCAAUAAAGGCCUGGCACUUUCAGUCGAGGAUGUUUUUCGCCAUUCCCAGUUGUACGCCCAGGCUGCAUCAAUAGCAGAUCCUGGGACCAGGGCUCAAUCAAGCAGGGGUCCAAGUCCACCAUUUUCACUACUUCCCACCCACCAUGGCAGGCAAGAAAGCAUCCUGCAACAUGCUGCGAGUGUGUGUAGCAUUCCCACAAACUCUAUCAUGGACAUUUUCCCAUGCACUCCCAUACAAGAGAGCCUUCUAGCCAGCUCGGCACAAUGGACAGUCCACCAUGUGGAUGAGCCUGUGUGUUGGUCUUCUGCCAACUCCCUUGAGGAGUAUUUCAUGAGGAAUAAAGAUGAUUCCUGUGACCUCGAGCAGGUUGCUAGGGCAUAUCACGGCGAAACCCCAGAACACCUACCGUCGCUGCAGGCCUUGGUGCAGCAUUUGCAGAACACAGACGAAGCAGGGACACGGAGCUUUUGGAAGGCACAGUUGGGAAAUAGCGGGGCUGUAGCCUUUCCAUCAUUACCGGCACCAAACUAUGAAGCACAACCAGAUCGGGUGAUAACCCGUCGGUGUCCUAAUAUACAGUGGAAGGCCGACAACCGCGUCACUCCGUCCAACUGCCUCCGCGCAGCAUGGGCUUUCCUCACUGCUCGCUAUACCGGCUCAUCGGAAGUAUUGUUCGGUGCGACAGUUAGUGGGCGCAAGAGCUCUGUUACAGGGAUCGAAACAAUGGCAGGGCCUGUCAUAGCUACAGUCCCUCUGCGUGUAACGGUAGACGAUACGAUCUCGCUGGAGGAGUUCCUGCAUACAAUUCAACAGCAGGAGAUUGACAUGAUCCCAUUUGAGCAUACUGGUCUGCGCAAGAUUCGGAGCAUCAGUCCGGACAUUGCUGUCGCAUGUGACUUCAAUUCACUGUUUGUUGUCCAACCCGCGUCCAACAGUGGCGAUACAAAUGCGGGUCAAAUCUUCCGUCUCAGGGAUACAGCCUAUGACCAUAAGCAAGUGGCCUCAAAGUACCAGUAUCACACUUCGCCAUUGUUGGUAGAGUGUCUGCUAGAGAGUCAUGGUGUCACGAUGCACUUUGUCUAUGAUGAAGGCGUCAUUGACACCAAGCAAGUUAAUUACUUGGCAGGCCAAUUAGAGCAUGUUUUGCGACAAAUGCAGACAAUGCCGUCCGACCCAGAGGUAAAGCUCAGCCAGGUGACCACGGCAAGCCAGCAGGACCUCCACGACAUCUCGAGCUGGAAUGCUGUAGUGCCAGAACCCGUGGAUUUGUCCGUGGGCGACUUGAUCUCUCGAACGAUACAAGAAGUACCCCCUGAGGCACCAGCUGUGUGUGCAUGGGAUGGCAGCCUCUCCUACGAACUGCUCAAUUUACAUCACCUCCAACUUGCCGGUAUGCUAGUAAACCGCGGGCUGUUGCCGGGCGACAAUGUUGCCAUAUGCCUGGAGAAGUCCAUGUGGCUCCCGGUGACUCUUCUCGCGGUAGCCAAGGCUGGGUUGACAUCUGUAUCGGUCGAUGUUUGCCAGCCACAGGCUCGUUUAAAAACCAUUUUCGAACAGGUCCGGCCACGCAUGGUCCUGGCUUCCAAGAUGAACCGGGGGCUGGCAGAGAGACUCAUAGAGGACCCUGCCCAGGUCAUCAUUGUAUCGGACUGUGUUGAUCAAACCUCCAAGAUUCCCCUUCUGCCAGCUGUAUUACCUUCGUACCGACUCUGUAUCAUUUUUACCUCUGGUAGCACGGGGACACCCAAGGGCACUAUAUUGACCCACAGGAACUUCAGUAGUGCCAUCAAACACCACUGCGCAUACCUGGGCUUUAAUAGGAGCACCCGGACCUUUGACUUUGCUUCUCACGCCUUUGAUGCCUCGUGGUUCAAUUCUUUGCAUACCCUGUAUGCCGGGGGUUGCAUUUGCAUCCCCUCAGAAGAUGAUCGACGCAAUAACCUCGCAGACGCCAUUCAGAGCUUGGGAGCGAAUUUCUCAUUUCUACCUCCGGGACUGGCUAAAUUCAUUGACCCGUCCUCAGUACCGUCCUUAACCGAUGUGUAUUUUGGAGGUGAACGAGUCCCAGAUGACUUGGUCCAGCGCUGGUGUGAGAGAGGGGCCAAGGUUGGCAUUGGCUACGGACCAACCGAGUGCACUGUUUUCAGCACACUUGAAAGCCAGCCCCAACGCCUUGGUAACAGCAUUGGCCGCGGCGUGGGCCUUGUCCCUUGGGUGGUGCACCCGGUUCAUCACAAUCUGGUCGGCAUCGGCCAGCUGGGAGAGCUUUGGCUCGAAGGGCCCCUUGUGUCGGAGGGUUACCUGGAGUUACCACAGAAGACAGCUACAGUAUUUGUGACCGAUCCUCCAUGGUUAACCGACGCCGCAGACCCGGCAAAAGGCCGCCAUGCAACAUUGUACCGGACCGGUGAUCUUGUGCGAUACAACCCCGACGGGAGACUGACAUAUAUGCGGAGAGCCGAUGACCAGGUCAAAAUUCGCGGCCAGCGGGUGGAGCUGACCGAAGUGGAAUACCACGUCCGGCAGGCCAUCGACAGGGUUGGGGCUUCGUCCGAUGUGGGGGUAGUUGCCGAGGUAGUCACUUUGGCCGGCAAGACGAAUCCAAUGCUUCUCGCCAUUCUUGCUCCAGAGAGCCAGGCAACAAGUCUUUUGUGUGAAUCGGAGUUCUCGCUGCAGGAAAUCCUCAUGGAGCAGCUUCCAUCUUUCAUGGUACCCAGCGCAUACGCUCCAAUUGCCGAAUUCCCAUUAACAGUCACCGGCAAGAUUGACCGCCGAUGCCUGCGACAAGUCUUUGCGAAGCGAUCUGUAGCAGACAUUCAGAUUACCAAUGGUGGUGGCAAAGAACCAGAUCAAAGAAGAUCCCCAGCAUCUGACACCGAGGAAGCGUUGCAGAGGGCCCUGAGCGAUACUCUCAAUAUUCCUAUCGCGGAUGUCCCAAUGGAUGUAUCCUUUGUUCGCCUUGGAGGGGACUCCAUCUCAGCAAUGCAGGUGGUCUCGGCCUGUCGUAUACACGGAGUGGUUGUUACAGUUAUCCAAAUCCUGAGAUAUCAAACCAUUGAGCGUAUAGCUGCUGAGCUGCAACAGUCCAAGAAUUCCAUUUCCAACGGCCAACCGUUGUCACUGCAGGACGAAGAGAACGAUCUGAGCGUACCAUGGGACCUUUCCCCCAUUCAGAAGAUGUUCUUCAAGCUAGUACACAACAGUCUGCACCACUUCAAUCAGGCAUUCCUGUUCCGGCUCAAGUAUAGGGUGCCUGCCGACAGUAUCUUUACUGCUACUCAGCGGCUGGUAGACCGUCACCCCCUUCUGCGAGCAAGGUACCAGCGCCGGGAAGAUGGACAAUGGCAGCAAUACUGUGUGCCCUCUCGCUUAUCAUUGCGCAAGAAUCUCGAUGAGCAUGGCAACGCAGAUACAUUUGGAUGGGCCACACAUGUAGUCUCAACGCAAGAGGAGCUCUACGCAGAUGCCCAAUGUCGACAGGAAGAGCUCAAUAUUGAGCGCGGUCCGGUGUUUAGAAUCGAUAUUUAUGAGAUCCGUGAUGGGCCCCGGGAUCGACAGGCAAUCUUGUUCACAGCCCAUCACUUGGUGGUUGAUUUUGUCUCCUGGCGCAUCAUUUGGCUGGACUUGCAGCGGCUCCUGACUGGAUCUUUCAUGUCAAAGGAGCCACCUACUUCGUUCCGCUCAUGGUGUCAGCUGCAGAGGAAGCACUGCGAGAUGUUGCGAGAAGAAGAUGUUCUUCCAUUCAAAGUCCAGCCUCCGUUGUUGGACUACUGGGGGCUGGUCCCGGGAGAGAACACUCACGCCGGCUGCGCCAGUGAGCAGCGUGAAAUCGAUCGGAAAAGCACCGCGCUCAUAGUGGAGAAAAACUCACUAAUUCCUCUGGUUGAACUUGUAGACAUAAUCAUCGGAGUGUUGCUCCACAGUUUUCAUCAGUCAUAUCCGGAUCGUGCAGUCCCCGCAGUCUAUGUCGAAGGCCAUGGUCGAGAAUCCCCAGAUGACUUGCACCCUGUUGAUCUCUCCGAGACCGUCGGCUGGUUCACCACAAUCUGCCCCGUCCAGAUAGCCGAGGCGUCACUCAAAUCGCUGGGCACUGUCAUUCAAUCUGUGCGGGAUGUUCGCCGCAAAACACCAGGCAAGGGACGGCCCUACUUCGCGCUCCGCUGGGAGGGCACAGGCCGUAAGAAUCCCAGCAAUGCAGACAACGAGGGAAUGGAGCUCAUGUUCAACUUUGCUGGGGCGUAUCAACAGCUGGAACGUUCUGAAAAUCUGUUCGAGAGGGACGGUGGUCUGCACGUGGAAAACCAGGUCCCAGGGGUGGCCCAGCGCUUUGGAAUGCUCGAAGUAUCGGCAGGUAUCCAAAACGAUCACUUGACCAUUCGUCUCGAGCAACACAAAAGGAUAAAGCACAAGGCAUUGUUGCCCAAAUGGGCAGAUCUCAUUGUCCGUCAACUCAGAGCGAUUGGGCCCACACUAGAUGAGCUUCUUCCUGGGAACACAGAAAAACUCUAUGAUUCCCGCAACUUAAACUCGAUACAAAAUUUGUUGUCCCAGAACGGGAUCGAUUCUGCCAGCGUGGUCUGUGCUUUGCCUUGCACUGCAAUCCAAAAGCACAUGCUGAUGGCACAGAGAAACUCCGGCGAGGGAAUCUACAACGUACGCCUUUCAUUCCAGGUCCCAGCAUCCAACAAUGCAGACGCCAUAGGGCGAUUGGCUCAAUCAUGGAAAAACACCGUGAAGCGUUAUGAAAUACUCCGAACAGUAUUUGUUGGAGACUACCAGGUCGUGUUGAAACAUGUGGACUCGGUCAUUUUCCCUGGUGAAAUCCCGCCUGAUUCAGCUGCCCUACCUUCAGGGCCUGCGCAUGCCAUCUCCUUCACUGGCAGCCCUAUUGGAGUCACAGUCACAAUGGAGAUAAGCCACGCCUUGACUGACAAGCUGGCCAUGGAUCAUAUUCUUCAGGAUUGGUCUGCCAUUUAUCACGGAGACUCAUUACCACAUGCGUCUCUCGACUAUGCAGCAGCCGUAGAGAGAAUCCUUGAUAAAGAGCGUUCUUCGAAGUCUUUGAAUUUCUGGGAAGAACACCUUGCCUUGACAGGUCUGUCCGGCUCUUUUCCUGUAAACAGCUUGGUCCCAAUGAGCAUGGACAAUGCACGACGAACGGAGCGACGAUUCCAAUCCAUGUCCGCACUUCGCAAGACAUGCCAAGAGAACAACAUUACCACGAGCAACUUUCUGUGUGUAUCGUGGGGCCUGACACUGGCACACAAGAUGCAGCAAAAUCAAAUCGUUUUUGGAAUGGUGACCUCGGGGGACAGCACAUUCCCCAACAUGGGCGAUAUCAAACCCCCUGUAGGGCCUCGUCUCAACAUUGUCCCGUGUGUGCUGCAUAAUGCUUUGAGCAAGGAUGCUCGGACUCAUAUGCAAGACAUGUACCAUUUUAUCUAUGAAGCACUGGAGCACGAGGGGGCUGGGUUAACCGCGGCGCAGAGCGGGGCUCACACCCUGUCCGGUUUCAGUACGGUGGUUAACUACCGGAAGUUUGGGCCGACAAGCAAUGGCCAGGGCAAAGAAAAUGGGGUCUUGAGCUUUUCGCCGACGAGCAUCCGUGAUCUUUGGGGAUUUGACAUCUUUGUUGGUGUGGAGGAGUCAGAUGGCUGCCUUGAUUUCAGCUUGCAAUGGUAUAACGGCCGGUGUGAGGACAACGUUGCCGAGGGUCUUCUUGACGACAUGCUGGGAACCAUGACAAAGUUGGAGGGUGGAUAUGAUGCCACACUUUCGCAGGCUAACAUUUCGGGCUACAUCGCGGGCGACAAUGAUACUUUGCGCGAUGGGGGCAUUCUUGAAAAAUGUGUUUACUGGGGUAACCUUCAAUACAGUGUAAAAGCCUAA